UCCGUGGCUCUGUUUCGGCCUCACCCCUCCCAUCGCUACAUACUCUGCUCCUCUCCUCCUCAUUUAGUCACCCAGCGCUCAAUUCCUUUUCGCCCAUCCCUCCCAAUUCCCCUCCCCCUUCUUUGCUGAUUGAUUAGCUCGUCUCGCAUCUGCUUCCUCGCCCGUCGCAAUGGCCGCCGCAGCUAUGACCAGCAUUGUGCCUGUGGCAUCCAUUGCCCCCGUCUCCAAGGUCGCCAACGUGCGCCCCUCGUCGGUGUCCGUGGCGAAGGCUUUCGGUUUGAAGAGCAGGAGCAUGGGCCGCCUUACCUGCAUGGCCACCUACAAGGUCACCUUCCUGGACGGGGAGACUGGAGCGGAAAAUGUCGUCGAAUGCUCUGACGAGGAGUACGUGCUGGAUGCCGCUGAAAGGGCCGGAAUGGACCUGCCUUACUCCUGCCGUGCCGGAGCUUGCUCCUCUUGCGCCGGUAUAAUCAAGGCCGGAGAGGUUGACCAGAGUGACCAGAGUUUUUUGGAUGACUCUCAGAUUGAUGAUGGUUUCGUGCUGACCUGCGUGGCUUACCCAGCCAGCGACUGCAUCAUCCUCACCCACCAGGAGGAGAACAUGUAGAGGACUGAGAAGAAGUGUGGGAGGAGUUGAGGCGUUGUAGAAUAGGAGCAGAAUUCGCUCAGUGGCAUUUAUUUUCGCAUAUGCUGACUUCCUCGGCAAGUUUCUUGUAAUAUCACAACAAUCAAGUUAGUAUUUAAGUGCAUAUGUUGAGCAAUUCAGUUGA